AUGAAUAGCAACAGAUAAUUUUGCAGUCACAUCUCUUGUGCUGCAGAGGUUCUUACUCCGUUGUUUUUUUUCUUUUUCUGAACUGGGUUCAAUAUCGCUUCGAUCACUUCACUCAUAUCCGUUCAGUAGCCCCUGAUAACCUGCAGACUGCUUCAGACACAGCAGACAGAGUGUUACGUUUCCAGUUUUUUCAAUUAUCGGGUACUUAUUACUAGGGUGUGUUAUACCGUUGUCCUCUACAUACAUUCCAUGCUUCCAUGUGUUUGAAGCCAAACUCGGAUUUGUGUUGUGUUGUGUUGUAUUGUAUUUAUUGCUAACGCUAUUUGAAGGUUUAACAUACCAACAUGUCAGAAAAACUGACAAACCUCAUACCAAUGGGUGGCUUGUAUCUCUGGUAUCGAUUACCUUAAUGAUACUAAUGUGAACCUAAACGUUCUGGGCCGUCCGGUCCGUCCGGUCCGGUCUGAUCUGAUAACAUUCAGUGGCUUGGUGAUAAGGAUGUGUUGCGCAAGGACUGAGUGAGUUAGGUUAUUCCAGAUGUUCCAGAUGAUUUAAAUACUAAAUUCAUCAGUACAGCCUAAAGUGGUUUGCUUUGCUAUGGCUGGCACUAUGAAUUCUUCAAAAGUCAGUGUAAUCGCAGAAAUAUUUAAAAGUAUGGAAUAUGGACCUGUAUCUGAUAGUUCCAGUCUUGCCAAGGCAUGGUUAAAGGACAGGAAGUUAGGGCCAUUUAUUGAUGGAACCUUUAAAGAGACUUCAUCCUCAGAAUUUGAAGUAUGCAAGCCUUGCACAGAACAAGUUAUAGCCAAAGUAGGGAUUAGUUUGGAAGAUGACGUCAAUGCAGCAGUUAAUUCUUCCAUCAAAGCAGCUGACUUGUGGAACAAUCUGGGUGGACACAAGAGGGCUUGUCUCAUAUACAGUUUGGCACGUCAUAUACAGAAGCAUGCUGCUCUUCUGGCACAGAUGGAGUCGCUAAAUCGUGGAGUGCAGAGUCGUGACCCAAGAGAGUUUGAUGUGCCUGCACUAGUUCGCUACUUAUAUCAUUAUGCUGGCUGGGCUCAGCUGUCAUCUUCAUCUGAACUGAGAGACUGGAAACCUAUGGGUGUUGUAAUUGGUGUAAUGUCUGGUUUAUCUUCUCUCAUUACAUUGGCCCAGAUUGUGGGUCCAGCCCUAGCUGGCGGAAAUACUGUCUGUCUCAAGCCACCUAAGCGUUCACCAUUGCCAGCAUUGCUGUUUGCUAACAUUGCUUCACAGGCCGGGUUGCCUCCUGGAGUGAUCAAUGUGUUGCCUGGUGGAUCAGAUGUCGGGAAGCUCUUAGUCACACACAGUCAAAUAUCUAAAUUGAUGUUCUCUGGUUUAACAGGUGUUGGGCGACUUAUACGCAAACAGACCGCUGGUCUGGGUAUGCACCUCACCUUAUUAUUGAGUGGUGGAAAAUCUUCGAUGAUAGUGUUUGAUUCUGCUGAUCUGGAUUCAGCUGUGGAAGGGGCAGUUGAUGCAGCAUGGUUCAAUCAGGGUCAGGUUCCGUGGUGUGUGGGUCGGUUAUUUGUCCAGGAGUCCAUUUGGGACAAUUUUGUGUCCAGAUUGCGUAGCCGUAUUGAUCAGCUGCGUGUGGGAGAAGCAUUUGACCACUUGGCAGAUGUUGGAUCACCACUAACUAAAGAUAUUAUUGCAGAUUUAGCUGCUGCAACCGCAGUAGCUAAGAAGAAUGGCUUAGAGAUAUAUCAGGCACAGAUACCACCAGGUCUUUCUUCUGAAAACUUCUUUCUGCCAACUCUUGUAAUUGGUGGUCUUGCAGACAGCAAUCGUGUCAUUGACAAUGAUGGCCAAAUACCUUUGGUAGCAGUGGUGCCAUUCAGGACGGCAAAAGAAGCUGUCACACUUGCCAAUAACUCUCGUUAUGGUAUGGCUGCUUCAGUUUGGACAGAGAAUGCCUCUCUUGCUGUAGAAGUGGCUUAUCAACUCCAGGUUGGAACUGUUUGGAUAAAUAGUCAUGGAUCUGUAGAUGCAGGGGUACCAUUUGGUGGUUGGAAACAAAGUGGAAUUGGAGUUGUGGGGGGCAAGCAAGGUCUGUUAGAAUACAUGCAGUAUAAAGGUGUGAGGUUCAACAUGACUGCAGAUUCUGUUGAAUAUGAAUCAUUUGGAUUGACACCUGAUGUGUCAGCCUGUUGUCCACCUUCAGUGAGCCAGCUGUCCAAAAAUGGUCCAGUUCCUUUAGUAGACCACACCUAUAAACUGUACUAUGGUGGAUCUUAUAAGCGCUCAGAUGGAAAUUCAUCACGUGUAGUCUUGGAUGGAGCUGGAAAAGUAUAUGCUAUUGUUGCAGAUGGAAGUAGUUUACUACGAUCUUGCAGGAAGGAUGUACGUAAUGCAGUGGAUGCUGCAGUCAAAGCACAACCAGCAUGGUGGAACCUUGGGGCACAUUGUCGUUCACAGAUUAUAUAUAAUGCAGCAGAGAAACUACAGUCCAGACGUGAUGAUUUCAUCAGCAAUUUGACAGUCUUGUAUGGCAAGACUGAUGAAGAAGAUGCAUCUAAAGAGGUGGAUACUUGUCUGAGCUUACUUUUUCACUGGGCAGCUAUCUGUGACAAGAAACAACUGGCAGCAGGUGACAGCCCAAACAGCAGUGUACUUGUGAAUGUGAGACGUGAGCCACUGGGUGUCAUUGGAAUCGUCCAGACACCAAUACAGUCACCACCUGGGCCGUGGGCACUUCUUGGUUUUAUCUCACUGUUUGCACCUGCUGUAUGCUAUGGAAAUGUGGUUGUUGUAGUUGCAGACAGUGUGUAUCCUACUCCUGCACUGGAAUUUUGUGAGGUGGUUCAGUCCUCAGACUUCGCAGCUGGAGUGGUGAAUGUACUUACAGGGGACAGUAACACUCUGUUAAACACAUUAGUAAACCACCAAGAAGUAGCUGCCUUAUGGGCACCAGGAAUUACAGCAACAAAAGCUAAAUACAUUGAAUGGGCUUCCAGUGCCAAUUUUAAACGUACUUGGGUGGACACACUUCCGUGUUUUAAUAGCCUGGAGCAAGUCACAGACUGCAGGGAAUUAUUUGAAUUGUAUUCAACUAGGACUAAAGCCAUUUGGAUGCCAUGUGGGGAAAUAUUUGCAAACUGAACAGUGGAACCGUGAUAUGUCUAGUAUGGCCUAUAAUGAGCACUUCAAUGAGAUAAAGCAUUGUCGGUAUGUUAAUGUUACAUAUAUGGCAAAUUUCAUAUAAUAUUAAAAAAAUUUUCUAGCACUUUCAUCAUCAUGAUUUAUUCCUAGC